CACAUAACAUAAAGUGGAUAUUAACUUAUUCUAAAGCAUUUACAGGCAAUGACCAGGACAUCAGCAUGAUCAGAGUGAUGGGAUUCACUGAGCAUGUGUCCGUUUGGGUUUCCAUCAUUUCGCUCACUUCAGCUGUCUUCAUAUCUGGCCAUGAUGCUUUGACGCUGACCACUGAUCCCCAGGUGGAGGCAAAAUGUGGAGGCGAUGUGAAUCUGUCCUGUGUGGCCAGUUCUACAAACAAGAUGGAUAUUAAAUCAUUUUCAUGGCUUUCAAAAAAUAAUCCCGAGUGCAAAUACAUGAAUGGCCGUCCUGAGCUUAAGGGUCGGUGUGAAAACACUCCCCAGAACACACUCACUCUGACUCUCACCAACGUGAUGCCAAGAGACGGGGGAGAGUACCUCUGCAAGAUAGCCUCCACCACUGGAGUGGCACGGUCCACAACUAAUGUGACAGUUCAAGACUGUCCUGGAAGUUCCAACUCCUCCAUCAACAGCACUCAGGCUAAGUGUUGGUUCACUGGAGUUUACCCCAUGGGCUCUGUCCACUGGUCCCAAGGAGACGUUAACUUAACAGGCUCUAUGUAG